CGCCCUCCUGCCCGAUCCCCACCAAACCUGCGUGAAUCCAUGGCCAACGACUCUUCAUCCUCAUGAUGAUCGCCAAAAUAUAAUAAAACCACAGAAAUACGAAGCCCACCAAACAAUCUUCCCUCAGAAAACCAACGACCCACCUCCCACCAAUGGCGGCCGCUGCCUCCGCCGCCGCCUCCUCCAACCUCCGCUUCCCCUCCAACCCCCACCGCUCGUCCCGCUUCCAACCCCCAUCCUCCGCCGUCCGAUUCCUCUCCCCCGCCAUCCCUCCCCGCCUCCGGAUCUCCCUGUCCCGCCCCGCCCGGCGCCCCCUCCUCGCUGGAUCCGGGGGGACCGGCGGCGGCGGGCUCGGGAACACCGGCGGCGGCGGCGGCGGAGAGGAUGGGGACUCGAGCGGGAAGAACCAGACGGAGGCGCUCCUCGCGCUGACGGAGCUUGGCCGGUCUCUGGACAGCCUCCCUAAGGACCUCGCGGCGGCCGUGGAGGCUGGGAGGAUCCCCGGGGCGAUCGUGCACCGCUUCGCCGAGCUCGAGAAGUCGCCGAUCUUCCGGUGGCUGCUCCAGUUCGGGGGAUUCAAGGAAAGGCUUUUGGCUGAUGACCUCUUCUUGGCUAAGGUUGCCAUGGAGUGCGGCGUCGGUAUCUUCACCAAGACUGCUGCAGAGUGGGAGCGUCGCAGAGAGAAUUUUUUCAAAGAAUUAGAUUUUGUUUUUGCAGAUGUGGCGAUGGCCAUAGUUGCUGAUUUUAUGCUCGUUUGGCUCCCUGCUCCAACUGUUUCUCUUCGACCACCCCUUGCAUUCAGUGCUGGACCUAUUGCCAAGUUCUUUUACAGCUGCCCUGAAAAUGCUUUUCAGGUUGCUAUUGCUGGAACCUCAUACUCAUUCUUGCAGAGAGUUGGUGCAAUUGUGAGGAAUGGGUCAAAGCUAUUUGCUGUUGGGACUGGUGCAUCUCUGAUUGGUGUUGGUAUAACAAAUGCCUUGAUUAAUGCCAGAAAGGCAUUGGACAAGAAUUUUGCGGGUGAAGCAGAGGAUGUCCCUAUAUUGUCAACUAGUGUCGCCUACGGUGUCUAUAUGGCAGUGUCAAGUAACCUCAGGUAUCAGAUACUGGCCGGGUUAAUAGAACAGCGGAUCUUGGAGCCAUUGCUACACAACCACAAACUUGUUUUAAGUGCAUCAUGCUUUGCAGUUCGUACUGGAAACACAUUUUUGGGAUCCCUAAUGUGGGUUGACUAUGCUCGCUGGGUAGGAGUCCAGAAGAUUCGGGAGUAGCUCAUAGCAAAUAGCUGAAUACUGCUACUCUCCUUUCAUUCUGGCAUAAACAUUUGCUGAAAGCUCAUUUGGAGAAGGGUUCAUAUUUAUGCUUUUUUAUAAGUUUCACAACUUUGAUGAUCAAUACGGAAGGCCAUUUGCCACUGUCAAGAUCAAUUUAUAAAUUACUUUUCGUGUUGUUGUCCUUCUUGCCUCGCAACAGUGGCAAGUUUGAAUGUUUUUCCGAUGGUUGCAUGAUAGCAAAUAAUUGAUUUGUCGAUUUAUUGCAAUACAUUUUUUUUU